AUGGACCUGCCAGCUUCAGGUUCAGGUGCAGGGGCAGGCACAGGUCCGCUGAAGGACGCUGCGGCAGCCGUUCCCACCGCAAUUCAGAGGACACCAUCGCAGUCCAGCAUUACCAAGGCUUCUUCCCACACCGCGGGUCACCGUUCGAGCUUCGCAGAGAAUAUGCGAAACGCCCCUGGCUCCCCCCGAUCACAACGCCAUCCUUCCUUCACCCAAGCCGCUGUGCAGGAGCUCUUGAACCACCCGCCUGCUGCGAACAAGCAUUCAAACCCACGAUUCGCCGGCCGGGACUGGCGCGACAUCUCGGUCAACGAACUGGUGUCACCCGAGGACGUGAAAUGGGCUACUCUCGACACGAGCGUCGAGGAGGCCUCAAUGACGCUUGUCAAACAUGCUCCUAUGAAUGCCGUCCUCAUCCGCCAAAACGCAUCUGCGACAACAGCCAUCUCCACAUUCGACUACAAUGAUCUGAAUGCCUAUCUGUUGGUCGUCGUUGGCCUUGCCAACCCCGACGAAGGUCAGGUCAGUCUGUUCGACGACAUUGCCACCAAGGCCCAGGAUGGCACUCCCAUUACACUUGAAGACAUACAACCCAUCUGCAGGAAAGAGUCCUUGGUCACGUUACCCUUUGAUGAGACAUUAGACAAGGCCAUUGAGAUAUUCGGCAGCGGCAUCCAUAGGGUCCUCGUCUGCGGGCCAUCAGGUGAUGUUGCUGGCAUGCUGAGCCAGCUCAAAUUAGUCGAGUUCUUCUGGAAUGAGGGCAUUAACUUCCCGGCCAUCGACCGACUCUACCCUGCCAUUCUUCGUGAUUUGGCCAUUGGAACCCAGCAGAUUAUUGCUGUAAACUGUGACACGGUUCUAGCCGAAGCUUUGGCUCUCAUGAAUACGGAGGGCUUGACCAGCGUUGCCGUUAUUGACAAUGCUCGGAACGUUGUCGGCAACAUUUCAACAGCCGAUGUCAAACACCUCACCAAUGCCGCCAGCGCCCCCCUCCUCAAGCAAUCUUGCCUGCACUUCAUAUCAGUCAUACUUAACGAGCGAGGCGUUGAACACGGACGCGACUCGUUCCCAGUCUUCUACGUUAACCCCUACUCAACUUUAGCUCACACUGUCGCAAAGCUCGUCGCAACGCAUGCUCAUCGCAUGUGGGUGGUAGAAUCGGCUUCACCUUCGCCAUCAGCUCCCGCAACGCCUUUGCUCGGCCCCUCGUCAUCUGUCCUGGUGCCUCCCGCGGGUGCGGUACCGCCGUCACCGCUGCCGACGCAACAGCAACACAGCGUGCCGGCCUCUGCGCUGCCGGGGUCGCACCUGUCAGGACGUCUGAGCGGGGUCGUGUCCCUCACGGAUAUCUUAAACCUCUUUGCCAAGUCAUCCGGACUUCACCCAUCUGACCCAGGCGAGCAACGCGCAAGGCGUCGCCGCAGCUCAAGCUCUUCCAUGCGACCGAGCAUCGAGUCGGCAAGGGCCAGCAUAGACGCCCGGCGGUAG